GGACGACAAGACAGGAACACGGUGAUCGUGCUGUCAGUUUGUGGUACUUUGCGCGGAAUUCUCCCAGCGCAUUUCUCCCAGAAACAGCUCUGAAAGACAGCGCAAGAAUACCUCACGGAAAGGUAUGCUUUGUACAGAUCAGCGUAAAUGGAGUGCUGGGCUCUGGUUUCUGUUGAAAUCCUGUCUUGUCACCUUGCUGCGCGAUGAUUGGCCAAAAACAGACCAAUCAGAGAAUAACAUCUCCAGUUCUUUGGGUCCUGUGGUGAAAAAAAAGCAGAGAAUUUCAACACUGCCAGAUGAGCUUCCUUCAUUGGUUGAAAUUAGACGCUCACUGCCCAAACACUGUUUUGAACCGUCAGUUGCCAGAUCCUUGUACUAUGUUGUCCUGAAUGUCUUUGGCGUGGGGCUGCUCUACGGUGGUUUGAUUUACUUGGAAAGGCUGAUGCCGAGCUACAUCGUUUAUGCCAUAACCCCACUCUACUGGUUCUUCCAGGGAACUUUGUUGGCUGGAAUCUUUGUCCUGGGCCAUGACUGUGGACACGGCUCGUUUUCGAAGUACACAUUGCUUAAUGACAUUGCGGGUAAUAUCCUUCAUGCAUUUCUCAUGGUACCAUACUACUGCUGGAAACUGUCUCAUAAAAAUCACCAUAAGAACACGGGAAACAUCGACAAGGACGAAGUGUUCUACCCAGUUCGUAAGAAGAAUGAUUCCGGCGGCAGAAUGCUGCCAGGAUUCGGUCUUGGGUUCGGUUGGUACGCUUACAUCAUCCGUGGUUACAGCCCUCGUCAGGUUUGCCAUCUCAACAUAUUCCACAAGAUGUAUGCUAAUCAUUCCCUGGACUGUGCCAUAUCUAUUGCUCUGGUUACUGUAUGGGGCAUGGCUCUCGCUUUUUACGCUCAGACAAUGGGCUUGUGGGCAUUGGUCAGCCAUUAUGUCAUACCCGCGCUUAUGUUUGGAACUUGGGUUGUCAUCUUCACCUUCCUGCACCACACAGAGGAGGAUGUGCCGUGGUACUCCGAUACCAAGUGGGACUUUGUUCGCGGGCAGUUAUCUUCGGUGGACCGGGACUACGGCUGGGCACAUUAUUUCAUCCACACUAUAGGCACGCACCAAAUCCACCACCUGUUCUCGAAAAUCCCGCACUACCACCUGGAUGAAGCCACCGCCCACUUCCGCAAGGCCUUCCCCCACCUGGUGCGCUAUGAUGACUCACCCAUCCUCCCAUCUUUCAUCAGGAUGUUUAAGAAGUACCUGAGACAGUCUGUUAUUUCAGAUGAGGCUGAUAUUCACAUUUAUCAAUAAUGCAAGGCUGUGUUAGUGUCACCUAUAUAUUUACAUUUACCUAUAAGUACACAGAGUAUUAGGAGCUAUCGCUGUCCCAAGCUCUCUCGCUCUUUCUUUGAAAAACCUUUUUGUUUUGGUUAAAGCUUGUAUGCACGGUCCCCAUCCGUGAAUGUAAAACAUUCAGGGACAGUAAUGUAAAUUUUCAGGUGUUAUUAAUUGAAGACACACUGUAGGGCAGUGAUUUUUAUUGUCCCAUGUUAUCACAGUAUUUCUACAAAAUGGAGCACAGCAUGAAGGUUUUCAAGUUCAUAUCAACUACUUGUAUAUGCACAUCCCUACAGGGUGGAAUUAAUUGUUAACCUGUGUGAAUCAGCUAUAAAGGCACUCAGGUUAUGGCAGUAUUAUGUGUAUGGCAUAUAUACAUGUAGUAAAGGUAGCACAGUAGUGCACACCUUUGAAGGCAGUAUAAUGAAUUCCUGAUCAAAACACAAAGUUUAUGCAGGUUUUUUCAUCGUUAAUAACUUAUGCAGCAUUUUUUUUUCGCCGAUUUUUUUUCAUUUAUGUUCUUCUAUAAAACAUCCUCUUUUGAUAACCUUUUUAAUGUGUGAGACACAUCUGUUGAACUUAAUUUAAUUUGUCACUAUUAAAUUAAUGUUGCACAUACGGAUAUAUAUGUAUUUAUCUGAGAUGCACCAAUGUCAUUAUCUAUAAUAUUUAGUAUCUGUUCAUUGUACAGUACUUUACAUGUAAAUUCAAGCAUAGUGUGUUGUGAUAUUAUGAAGGUAAAUAUUACUAUACAUGUACAUGCAGUUAUACAGCGAAAACAGGGCCAAAAA